ACGUCGUCUGUGCAUAGUUUUUUCUCCAAAGAAAGACUUAACCUAACUUUUUGAGUUCAGCAUGCGUUCGUGCAUCUUGAGGAAUCUGAUCCGCGCGCAGCAACUGUCGCGUGAAUUUCUCGGCAGUAGUCGCACGUAUUCGCGACUCAAAUUAGCGAGGAGGUUCUCGAGCAACGUGGGAAAGAAUCACAGCGAUGGAAACGAGGAUGCGAACAAGGACGAGGAUCAUAACCUCGCGAUUGAACCGUUAUGGAACACAAAAUAUAAGAUGUUUCAUGACAAGGACGCGGAUAUAAUCUUCGAUGUGAGUGAGGAGCAGCAAAAGAUCCUUCUCGAAGAGCUGAAUAAACAAGAGAAGGUUCAAAAUCCUUAUGCUGAUAUUAAUCUGGACCACGGCACUUCUGGAGUAUUUGAUAUCAAGGAUCUCGUCACAUUACUGGAGCGAGACAAGGCUAAGAACAUCUUUGUCGCUUCAGUUUCCAAAGAGUAUGCUUAUGUGGAUUACAUUGUUGUUGUGAGUGGAAAUUCGCAAAAACAUAUGAAUGCUCUAGCCACUUUUAUACGCAAGGUUUAUAAAUUGAAAAGAUAUCCAACUGAUAAGAUACCCAAAAUUGAAGGAGAGAACUCCAAAGAUUGGAUGGCUUUGGAUUUAGGAAAUAUUGCUUUGCAUAUCUUCUCACAUUCUGCCAGACAAUAUUACGACUUGGAAACUUUAUGGACAGUUGGUUCACAAUACGACGAGAAGACUAAUGAAGUGACAGAUUUAAAUAUCAUGGAUCAAUACAAUGUUUUCUUGGCUGACUUUCAACCUGCUGAUAAUGUUAGUGAUUCGCAACGUGUAGUUUAAUGUGAUAAAUAUUAAUUAAGAUUCUAAUUAAAUGCAAUUUAAGCUAAUCAUAAUUAAUAAAAAAAUGUAAAAUUUAUAAUUGAUUAUCAGUAUUAUUGAUCGUAUCUCUCAUAAUGACAUCUGUAUCUUAUAUAAUAUUGUAAGAAUUAGACAACCGUAAGGGGUCAUGAAAGAAAUUCAGAAUAUAAACAGCUAACAGAGAGGAGCCGUCGCGGUCGUGCAGAUCAAGUGUCUUGGAUAGUAGGCGAGGGAUCC